AAUGGGAAGACAGCACCGGGGAGGACAGUAACCACUGAAGAUCAAUCAUCUGCCAUGCUCCGAGACACCGAGGGACACCGUCUUCGCUGCGCACUUUGGACAUAAAAACGCGGCGAGGGCUCGGAUCGUACAUUGAUCCGACUACAGGGGACGGGAGGGGUCGAUCAUGGGGAACGAAGCGAGCCUGGAAGGAGGCGAAGGGCCGCCGUCUGGGCUACCAGAGGGGCUGGCACCUGACGGGAAGGGCGGCUUCGUCCGGGUCUCCGAUGGGACUCCGGUCAACCUGAGUGAACUCAGCGAGGAGCAGAGGAGGCAGCUCUCCGCCGCGAUGUCAAGGGCGCAAGGCAGGCAGCCCGGAGGCGCAGCAGCUGCACGAAGACCGUCAGAAUCAGAUACCCAUCAGCGUUCCCAGCAGGUCGGGGCCUCCAGGGGCCCUACAGGUCUCAGUAAGAGUCGCACUGUAGACGCCUUCAACCAGGGUCCACCUGGGAAGCUCCCGCCGGGUCGCAGCCCCUCGUCCCUCAGCCUUUUUGAAUCCAGAUUCCGGCAGGAGCCAAAAGACCCAGAGACCAAAUCAUCCGGCAUGUUUGGCUCCAGCUUCCUCAGCGGGGCCAACCCGCUCAGCGCCGUGUCCUCCAUGACCUCCUCCAUGUCCUCCUCCAUAUCCUCCAUGGGCGAUAAUGUCAACAUCCCCAAGUUCGGACUAUUCGGGGACGAGGAGGAGGGAGAUGAUGCACCUGCAACGCCCGAGUCCAAGCAGGGAGGAAAACCACCCGGCAAGGGCCCUCAGCAAGGGCCAGGUCCAAAGGGACCACAACAGGGUGGACCUCAGAAACAGGGUCAGGGCCCUCCUGGACAGGGGGUAAAGCCAGGGCAAGGACCCCCUGGGCAGGGACCCAGGCAAGGUCAGGGACCACCAGGACAGGGGCCCAAACCAGGCCAGGGUCCUCCUGGUCAAGGGCCGCCAGGGCAGGGACCCAGGCAAGGACAGGGACCACCAGGACAGGGGCCCAAACCUGGCCAGGGUCCUCCUGGUCAAGGGCCGCCAGGGCAGGGACCCAGGCAAGGACAGGGACCACCAGGACAGGGGCCCAAACCAGGCCAGGGACAGGGGCCCAAACCUGGCCAGGGUCCUCCUGGCCAAGGACCCCCUGGGCAGGCCCCCAGGCAGGGUCAGGGUCCACCAGGUCAAGGCCCACCAGGCACCAAACAGGGUGGCCCUCCCCAGCAAAAAGGUGGACCCCCUGGACCUCAACAAGGACCUGGACCCAAACAGCAGGGGCCACCAGGUCCUGGGGCUCAUCCUGGAGAGCCAGCUAAGAGCGGAGGGCCUCCUGGUCCAGGGAAGCCUGGAGGUGGACUCUGUCCCCUGUGUAAGACCACCCAGCUGAACACUGGAUCUAAGGACCCUCCUAAUUACAAUAACUGCACUGAGUGUAAGAACCAGGUCUGCAGCCUCUGCGGGUUCAGCCCCCCAGACUCAGCGGGUAAAGAGUGGCUAUGUCUGAACUGCCAGAUGCAGCGAGCGAUGGGAGGGAUGGAUCCCCCCGGCAUGACGAAGCCCAAACAAGGCUCCGCCCCGCCCUCGCCCCAGAGACAGGCACCUGGCAAACCUGGCAAGCUGCUGAUAAAGCAGCAGAGUACCAGCGACCAAGGGUUAACGCCGCCAACCACACCGAGGCAGAAAUCCCCAGGUCCCACCUCUCCUGGGCCGCUUUCCCCCGGCUCCUCAUUGGGAGGUUCGCCCAAGAUUGACCCCAAGACGGGCCGCCCAAUCCAGCCGAAGUCUAGUCCCCAGCAGUCUCCAGCUAAACCCAAACAGGAGUCCAGCUUUUUUGGCGGGUUGGGGAGUAUCAGUCUGGGAGGCUUGACGGACACAGCCAAACCUGCAGCUGCUUCUCAAGAGUCUGUUACAGGGAAACUGUUUGGCGGGUUUGGCGGUUUGAUGGAGUCCUCGAAGCCUCAAGCUCAGGCCGCGCCAAAGCAGGAGGAGUCAGUGGCUGGGAAGUUGUUUGGAGGUUUUGGAGGAUUGACAGAAUCAGCAAAACCUCCCGCUGCUGCGUCUCAGAUGUUCAGCUUUGGAUCGUCACUCUUGAGUUCGGCCUCUAAUCUCGUCUCUGGAGAGGAGGAGAAAGCACCGGAGUCUCCACCUGGGUCACCGCCAGACUCUGGACCAGGUUCUCCUCCAGAUUCUGCAGCCGGCUCUCCACCUGACUCCCCCUUCUCUGCUCCUGGGUCUCCUCCUGAUUCAGACUCUGCUCCUGACACUCCACCUGCUUGGUCCAAGAAACCCCUCCGAACCAUUUCUGUGGAGAAACAGGAAGAAAAGGCGCCAGAAGCCAAAUCUGCACCUGCACCUGCACCUGCACCUGCUCCAACAACCAAGGAAAGCUGUCCUCUCUGUAACGUGGAGCUGAACGUUGGAUCAGCAGACACGCCCAACUUCAGCUUCUGCACCGAGUGCAAGAAGACAGUUUGCAAUCUUUGUGGAUUUAAUCCUACUCCUCACUUAGGAGAGAAAGAAUGGCUUUGCCUCAACUGUCAGACCCAAAGAGCCAUGUCAGGCCAGCUGGGAGACCUGCCACCUCCUGCCAUGGCUUCCCCAAAGAAGCAACCACCUGCUCCUGCUCCUGCUCCUGCUCCUGCUCCCUCCUCCCCCCCUGUCCCUGCUGCUGUAGAUAGCAAACCUGUAGUAGAAGCAGCAGACCUAACCCCGCCGGCUCCUGAGCCCAAGGUUAAAACAGUGGAGACCUUGAAAGAGCCUGCAGAGAAAGAAAUGGCUGCCAAGGACAGUAGCCCCACCAGCCCAUCAGAUUUAGCUAAACUGGAAAGCACAGUCCUUCCCAUUCUUGAGGCCCAGGCCAGCACGCAACCAAAGGAUGAUGAGGAGAAACUAACAGACACUCUAAAGACCAGACGUAAAUUAGAGGUGCUUCCUCUCUCACCAGACUCACCCAGCUCAGAAGAGGAAAGAGAACUUUCUGAGAAGAAUGCCAAAGGUACCACAAAGAAAAAGCUCCUUGUGCCCAUGGAUGUCAGGGCCGAUUCCCUGGAUGAUAGCAGUGAGAGCUUUGGAAAAGAUAGCCCAAUGUCUGGGGAUGAUGAGGACUUUAUUAGAAAACAGAUAAUAGAAAUGAGUGAGAAUGAGGAUGCUUCCCCUUCUGAUGAGGAAAACCUAAUCCGGCGCAAGGUCAGAGAAAAUGAGAAGAAACAAAAGGAGGAGAAGACAACAGAGAAUGUAGAGCGGAGCACAACAGGAAAAGCCAGGCGACUUACCAAGAAAAGCACUAUAAGUCCAGAUGAUGAUGAAGGUAAACAAAUCCGUGGCUCAUUGGAUAAACCUGAUAUAGACAAAGAGGAGGGACAGGAACCAAAUGAAGAAGAGCGUCUGAGUGGAACUGGAGUUCGCAAAUUCCAAACUAUGGAGCUGAAUUCAACUAGCAGCCCUAUCCGUAUACCCAAUGACGAUGGAGAGCCUGAAAUGGAAUGCCUGACAGACUCUCCAGAUGAUCGAUCUAGAGGUGAGGGGUCAUCCAGUCUACAUGCAUCCAGCUUCACUCCUGGGACAUCCCCAACAUCCCUCUCAUCACUGGAUGAAGACAGUGACAGUAGUAGUCCUGGUAUUCGCUCUGGUGAGGGUAAACAACACAGAAAAGCCAAACACAGACAACCUGGUCUGCCAACUAUUGAAGACUCUUCUGAGGAAGAAGAGUUACGGGAAGAGGAAGAGCUGCUCAGGGAGCAAGAGAAACAGAAGGGCUCUGGGAAGAAAUCCAAGAAAGACAAAGAAGAGAUUCGAGCCCAGAGGAGGCGAGAGCGUCCAAAGACACCACCAAGCAACCUUUCCCCCAUUGAAGAUGCCUCACCAACCGAGGAAUUGAGGCAAGAAGCAGAAAUGGAAGAAAUCAGACGAUCAUCCUGCUCUGAUUUCUCCCCCAGUAUUGAAUCAGAUCCUGAAGGAUUUGAAAUACAUGCCUCAAAGAUUGCAGCCGUUCAGAAAACCUAUCAACUGCCUGUAUCAGUAUCUCUUCACUCGCCAACAGAUGAUCAAAGUACUGAUAAACAACAGAAAAAAAUUCUCAAAUCUGCUGAUGAGGCUUAUGAGGAAAUAAUGCUGAGAGCUAAGUCUCCAACACUUGAUAAAACAGAGGCUCAACCAGGAAAAGAGUCCCUUUAUGGAGGCAUGCUCAUUGAAGACUAUGCCUAUGCAUCUCUGAUUGACAAUUCAACAGCUGAUCUGGGGGAGUCUGAGAAGAUUGUUGUUCCCACUCAGUCCAGAACACUGAGAUCACCAGAUGAAGUUUAUGAAGACAUGAUAAAGAAGAGGAAGGAAUUUAUGAAGCUGGAGCAGGAAUAUCAAAAUAUGCAGCCAAAAAAAGAAAUCACAACCCCAGAAAUUAUUUUGCAACCGGCUGAGAACAUUUGCUCCAAAAGCAGCACAGUAACAUUAGGCAAAGAUGGGAAGCCAUUGUUAGAUGCUGAAACUGCCUAUGAGGAGCUGAUUAAAAGAGUGCUGACACCUGGAACAAGUCCAACUCAGCAGGAGCCAGAAGUGGAAGCCACUUCAUCAAGAAGAGCACUCUACCCGAUUCCAGAUUUAAAGGUGACGCAGUGCUCUUCAGGAGAGUUGUCUUCUGAUGAUGAAAGUAUGAAAAAGGAAGAGGAUAUAACUGCAGUAUCAGAUACAACAUCAGCUAUGGAAACUGAGCCUGUGUCCCCGCCAUCGUCCACAUCAGAUCAGCAACCUCACAUCGUAAUCGCAGAAUCCCAGGCUGAUGUUGUUGACUUAUCCGGUGCAGUCCAAAGAGCAUCAGCCCCUGUAAUUGCCAGUGUAUCACCCUUGCCCACAGUACCCCAAUACACGCCCAGUAUUCCCAGCGUUGUGUCAACUGCCCCACCUAUACCCCCAAAGCCAAGUGUCCUGCGUAGGGCUAAUUCUCAGGAAAAAUCAGAAGUACCUGUUGCACCACCACUGCCUCCUCCCACCCCACCAAAACCUACUGUUUUCCCCAGGAAGGCUCCAGUUCCACUUCCACCUCAGGCUUCAGCAACUCCAGUGGCUAUGACUGCAGCACCAGGACCACCUGCAAGACAAGGAGUUACACCAGUGUACAAGCCUCAUGUACCCCCACCUGUUGCCCCAAAGCCAUCCAUUCACGCAGGGAUUGCAGAUAGUCACAGACCAGGACAAGGUGUCAAACCACCAAUUGCACCAAAGCCUGGCUCACAGCCAUCGUCGCCUGCCCAUACCCCACAUCCACCAAGACCCACUGCACUUCCCACUGGUACACCCGACAUAGCCCUGAAUCUGAGCCCUUCUUCUGAGAGCAAGCCAUUUCAACCGUCACCAAAGUCUCCUUCUUCUCCGAGAUAUGCCAGCAAAAGUCGUGACACAUAUGUAGUCAUCACACUGCCAUCUCAGCCCAGCUCUCCAGUCGACAGUAUCUCAACUCAAGCUCCCUCUGGCUCUGACCCAGCAUCUCCUUCACGCCAAGCUCAGCCUCAAAGUUAUCAGCAAUCACAGCCUCAACCUCAAUCUUAUCCGCAGCAGCAUCCACAACCGACCCCUCCUCAAACAACCAGGGUGCCUCUGGCCUACACACGAGUCACAGAAUCCAUUGAAAGUCAAGAGAUUUGUGGCCCAGAAAAACAUGUUUCUAGUUCAUGUCACAUAAUUGAGGCUAUAUCUGCCUCAGCACAGCCACCAGUGGUUAUGCCUAACCUGAUCUCUCAAGUGGUCACAACUGAAGUCCAAAGGACCACUGUCUCUGUUGUUCAUGAAAGGACACCACCACCAGUGCCAGCACCAAGGGCAAAUGGUGUCCCAAUAUCGAUGGAGAAACCUAAGCCCCAAUCGCCAGCACAGAAUGGACAGGCCGUCCAAGCUUCAGAGGUGGUAGAUCUUAGGACUAUGAAGGUGGACCCAGAAUCAAACUUCAAUGGUGUGGACCUGUCUUCUGGCCCAGACUCAAGGCGCCAGUCCUUUGCAACUGAUGUCAGUCGUCAGAACAGUGCAGUGCAGUCCGCUGUGGUCAACCUCAGUGCUGAGUCAUCCACCAUUUCUAUAGUGACAGAUAGUAUCACCAUUGUGACCUGUGCUGCCACAAUCCAGCAAAGUGACAAUUUAGACACCACUCAAGUAUCUUCAGUUCCCCUUCAAUUAACAAAAAACAAAGCAUUUGAGCCUGUUUCUCAAAUAGUAUAUCGUCCAAUUGAUUCUCAGCCCUCUACUCAUGCUGGUACAGAGAUCCCUAUCAACCUCUCAGUUGGAACAAGCACAGGUGGAGGAACUUUCCAGAACAUCCCUGUCACUAUUGCACCCACUUGUAUUCCAAGUUGUGCUGCCAAUGGAUUAGCCACAAGUACAACCACAGUGGCAGGAGCUGUUGACCUUAGCACGACUAAACCAUUCAACACAAUGGUAUCAGUGGAUGCUGCUUCUGCAGACGUGGUCACAGCUGUAAUCACAGAUGAUGAUGGCAAACCAGUGGAUCUGACUGCAGGAAAAAGAAAUGUAUGCUGUGAUGUUGUGUACAAGCUCCCAUUUGCAGGAAGUUGCACUUCUCAGCAACCUACCACACCCCUCCCUGAAGAUCGUUUUGGAUAUCGUGAUGACCAUUACCAGUAUGACCGAUCACCUUACGGCAUGAGAGGGUUUGGUGGGAUUAAACCUUCGAUGUCAGACACAAACCUAGCAGAAGCCGGUCUGUUCUUUUACAAGAGUAAGAACAGCUAUAAUUUCAGUGGUACCACGGAGGGUGCAGUAGAUCUUACCUCAGCAAAGAUUUCUGAUGCAGGUGAAGCUGUUGACUACUCCAAGAAAGGGACUUACGCAGGAAUGACAAUUCCACCCUAUUCCCAAGCCAGAGUCACAAGUGCUGUAGGUACACUCUUUGGUACAAGUAGCGUCUUGAGGUCAUCAAAUGGGGUGGUCUAUUCCUCCGUUGCAGCACCAGUCCCAUCUACAUAUGCCAUUACUACACAGCCUGGGUCCAUCUUUAGUACAUCAUACAACACUCUGUCAGGUAUGCAUACCAGCGACACCAUGCCUUCCCUGUCCAACCUCCAGAACUUGCCACUUACACGGUCCCACAGUUUCCUGUCCACCAUCUCCAUUACUUCAACGGAAGAACAAGGAGAUGCCCCACUUAAUCUGGAGAUCUCUAGAGGAGGUAAUGCUGCUAUCAGCACAGCAACAACCUCUUUAUCCCUUGACACCUACACUGAUGCAUCCCUGGAGGCCAUAGCUGCAUCCCUGGAGGCUCUCUCGUCACCCAUGGUUCCUGGGGAUGGCCAGUAUCAGGCAGAGCGUGAGAGGCUAGAGAUGGAGAAACUCAAGCAACAGCGCCUGGCUGAGGAAUUGGAGUGGGAGCGCCACGAGAUUCAGCGGUUCCGAGAGCAGGAACAGCUCUUGGUGCAGAAAGAGCUGGAGGAGCUACAGUCCAUGAAGCAGCAGAUCUUGAACCAACAAGAAGAGGAAAGGCAGGCUCACCUUAUGAUGCAGAAAGAAACCUAUGCCCAGCAGCAACAGCAGCUUGAGCAGAUUCAGAGACUUCAAGAGCAACUGCGCAUGCAACUGGAAGAGCAAAAGCUUCGUCAGAUGUACCCAGGUGGGGACAUGCCGGGACAUGGCGUGCAGGAGGCAGUUGUCAUAGGACCUGAUGGCACAGUCCUGUCCAGAAAAAUCACGGAUAGUGGGUGCCAGACAGACGAAGAGGAUGAGACAGUCAGCAAAGCUUACACAGCAGGGAGAAAAAAGAGAAGUGCUAAAAAGAGUGUUGACAGUUGUGUGCAGACUGAUGAUGAGGAUCAAGACGAAUGGGAGGCUCAGACCAGAAGCCGUCAAAGCCGGCCACGCACUUCCAGGGGUGAUAGAGGUGGGCAGUCAGAGAUGUCUCUUAAAGCCCACACUGAGAUUUCUAUACAAACGGAUGAAGAGGGGAACAUUAUAAUGGACACCAGGAUGGAGCUGUCUGACUCUGAAAGGACGUCACCAAAGAAACGACCUACCCCCUUAGAAAUAGGCCAGUCAGGAAACCUCAAAGUUGAUUCUUCUACACUUCAAGCCCCUCCUAAAUCUCCCAAAGUGCUCUAUUCCCCCAUAUCCCCCUGUAUAUCUCCGAGCAAAUCCCUUGAGUUUGUGUCCUAUGAUAAAUCACUGGGUGAUACAAGUCCACAAAAGCUACGAGGAAGUGUGGAUCCAACAAAAGCCUCUCCAGCAAGUCCCAGGGGACCAAAAGCCAUGCAGAGAUCCAUGUCUGACCCUAAGCCCAUGAGUCCAACAGGAGAAGAAAUGGCAACAUCUGGUACCCAGUAUGGUGAUGGCUAUAAUGGGAAAGGCUCAGGUGGCACACCAACAGGCACUCAAAAGAAGGUGAAGAGGACACUUCCCAAUCCGCCGUCAGAGGAUGAGUCAACAACGACUGGCCAGACGGCAUACAGCACUGGUUCGGCCAGACGAAGAAUGUGCCGCAAUUCCAACAUGGCACGUGCCAAGAUCCUGCAAGACAUUGAUCGUGAGCUAGAUCUGGUAGAGCGUGAGUCUUCCAAGCUCCGCAAAAGACAAGCAGAACUAGACGAGGAGGAGAAAGAGAUUGAUGCCAAGCUUAGGUAUUUGGAGAUGGGCAUUAAUCGUAGAAAAGAUGUGCUACUGAAAGAGAGAGAGAAGAGGGAAAGGGCCUAUUUACAGAGUGUUGCUGAGGACCGAGACUACAUGUCAGACAGUGAGGUUAGUAACAUCCGAGAGACAAGAGGUGGGCGUGGAGACGGUGAAGAUGAGGAGAUUGAAAGUCACGGUCUUGAACGUCCCAGGACAGCUCCCCAGUCAGAAUUGGAUGACUUUGUCCCACCUCAAACCAAGCAUGAGUAUGGAAAAUACUCACAGUACCAAUACAAUCAAAGCCAAUACCAGCAGUCUCUCUACCAGACUCCCCAAUCCUACCAAUCUCAUUCACUCUACUCCUCUGUCCCCUCGCUCACUAGCUCCCAGCAGCAGAGUUACCACCAGAUGCUCCUGUUGCAGCAGAAAGCUGCCAGACAAGUUGCCCUCCUCUCAGAGCUGGAUGCAACUAAGUAUGAGGUCAUUAGCCGCCAGCCUGAUCCUACAUCAUCAGCUUACUUGGGAGUCAAGUAUGACAAAUAUGGCAACCACCUUGACCUCAGAGCCUUGGAUGUUGGAAGUAUAGCGCGAAGCCCCAUGUCAGCUGUCUCUGAUUCCUACUACACAGAUGUAGAUCACCAUACACCUCGGAGUUACAUGUUGCUGGAAGAUGCUGCAGAACUGGCUAAGGGAUCCACAGGUAUGUCAUCAUCUUACAGUCUGGCUGAGAGGGAGCUGGCCAAAGCAGAAAAGCUGCUGCGAAGGAGCGCUGCAGAUCUGGGGUCUACUGACUAUCUGGGAUCGACCUCUAGACUCCAUACUUAUGGGAAAACCCCAGAUGAAGAGGAUACAAUGGAGGAACCUUAUGAACUGAAACUCCUGAAGCAGCAGCUCAAGCAGGAGUUUAGGAGAAGUACGGGUGGGACAGAAAACUUAGAACAACUGACAGGCCUCUCCCAACACUACUAUACCCCAAGCUCUAGCCUCUCUAGUUAUUCCCAAAGACACUAUCCUAAGACAGACAAGUACAGCAUCAGUCGACUUACUCUAGAGAAGCAGGCAGCUAAACAACUCCCAGCAUCCAUGUUGUACCAAAAACACAAGACUCCAUUGAUAGAUCCUAAGAUCUCCUCCAAGUAUUCCUCUAUGACAGACACCAGAGGUUUGGAGACAGACUAUACCAGCUAUCUCGGGUCUACCAGUGCAUCGGCAAGAUCCAGCCGGCUUUCGCAAGAUGAGAUUACCUUCGGCCUACGUAAGAAUAUUGCAGAACAACAAAAAUACUUGGGUUCCACCUUGGGUGCCAACUUGGCUGGGUCACUAAACUUGGGCCAGAGCUUAGGUUUAGACUCUGCCUAUCCUAGUGGUAGUCGAUCUCGACCCACUUCCAGGCCCACAUCUUGCUAUGGCCUAGACUUGUCAAUCAAAAGAGACCCUUCAAACUCUUCGCUAAGGCUUAAAGGGGACGGUGAAACAUCGGGAGAUGUACCAAGCUAUCAAACCCCCUCUGGUCGCACCAAACCCACCAGCCUUCCCAUUGUGCAAAGUGGCCGUGGCCGAAUACCCAUAGUGGCCCAGAACUCAGAGGAAGAGAGUCCGUUGAGCCCCGUUGGGCAGCCUAUGGGCAUGGCCCGUGCAUCGGCGGGACCUCUGCCACCAAUCUCAGCAGAUUCAAGGGACCAGUUUGGUUCUUGCCUGUCCUUGCAGGACUCCCAGCAGCAGCAACAUAUCAGGGAAGAGCCAACCAGGGGUAGGGGCUAUGUGCUGAUGGAUGACCUUCAGGGCACCAUGUCAGAUAGUGAAGCCCUAAGUGAUUCCCUGAUGGCUUUGAACAGAGACGAUGCGACCAAUGCCUACCACCUUAGACGAGAGGAGACAGACUGGUUUGACAAACCUAGAGACGGGAAUGGACAAGAGAAGAGACAGGGAAAAGGUCCGUACUACCCCUUCCCUCACCUCAGGGUCAAACUGCAGAGGGAUCCCAAAGACCGCAGUGUCUCAGGAAAUGGUCUGGGUAUCCGUGUGGUUGGAGGGAAAGAGGUCCCCGGUAGUAAUGGAGACAUUGGAGCCUACGUUGCCAAAGUCCUCCCUGGUGGAGCUGCAGAACAAACAGGAAAGAUUCUCGAAGGAAUGCAAGUCCUGGAGUGGAAUGGCGUUCUUCUGACGGGGAAAACCUACGAAGAGGUUCAAGGGCUGGUCGGGCAGCCGUGCAAUGAGGCAGAAGUGUGUGUCAGACUUGAUCUCAACAUGCUGGCUGACUCAGAUGGUUCCGACCACCUUGACUUCCAGGAGCACAGCAAAGGUGACAGACCUCCCAGGUCUCCAGGUGUUGACCCCAAGCAGCUGGCGGCUGAGCUGCAGAAAGUGUCCCAGCAGCAGGCUCCCACCUCCACCUCUUCCUCCGGCCUGCCCCCCACCACCUCAGCCACCUCCAGCCCUGCUCAGCCCGGAUCCCCCUCCGUCAGCAAGAGACGUCACGGCAGCAAGACUGCAGAGGGAAUGAAGACCCAGUCCCAUCCUGUCUCCGGAGAGAUACAGCUUCAAAUCCACUACGACAAGCAGCUUGGCAACCUGAUCGUUCAUGUGCUGCAGGCCAGAAACCUCGCCCCGCGGGACAACAAUGGCUACUCUGAUCCUUUUGUUAAAGUGUAUCUCCUACCAGGGAGAGGUCAGGUCAUGGUUGUCCAGAACGCCAGUGCUGAGAACAAGAGGAGGUCCAAACAUGCGGGCAAGAGUCUCAACCCUGAGUGGAACCAGACUGUCAUCUAUAAAAACAUCCAUCUGGAGCAAUUGAGGAAGAAGACCCUGGAGGUGAGCGUGUGGGACUACGACAAGUGCUCCUCAAAUGAUUUCUUAGGAGAGGUCCUUAUUGACCUGUCCAACACAGCCCAGCUGGACAACGUCCCCCGGUGGCUCCCCCUGAAGGAGCAGAGCGAGGGGGACCACCACCGGCGCUCCCACUCAGGCCAGGGCCGCCACGGCUCCUCCAAACCCUCCUCCCAGCACGCCUCCCCGAAAACCACCGGCUCCGCACAUGACAAUCAGGAAUCCCCAAAGUCUUCUGUCAUCAAGAGCCGGAGCCACGGGAUCUUCCCAGAUCCGGCCAAGGACACGCAGGUGCCCACUAUCGAGAAAUCUCACAGUAGCCCUGGCACAUCGAAGCCUUCCCCGUCCGAGGGCCAGAGCCAAAGCCACAGCCACGGACACAGCCAUCACUCUCGCUCGCACGGUGCUUCACGCUCCAGCAAAAGUGCCGCCGCACGGCAACACCAUCAGGACGGCGGCACUGGAAGUGGCGGAGGCGCUGCCAUAGCAACGGGCGAUGCCCCACAGCAGUCACAGCAGCAGCCGCCGCAACGCCUCCAACCAACUCGGUCGAGCUACAGAUCCAGCGACGCCCCGGUCACAGCGGCCUCGUUGGACAGCGGCCUGAGUGGCAGCGCCUACAGCCUGCUGGACGAAGAAGGAGAGACAAACGAGGUGGACAGCGCCAUCUUCCAGGUCCCCCGAUUUGGAAAGAUCCCAAAUGGCACAGAUGUGAUGAAAUCCUCACUGGGACACGGUGACGCUGAAGGUAAGUCCCAGGUGAUGGGGGAGAUAAAGAUUGCUCUGAAGAAGGAGGUAAAGACCGAGGGUGAGCAACUGGUCCUUGAGAUUCUUCAAUGUCGCAACAUCACCUACAAGUUCAAGUCUCCAGACCACCUGCCAGAUCUCUAUGUGAAGCUGUAUGUGGUGAACAUCGCCACCCAGAAAAGGAUCAUCAAGAAGAAGACCAGAGUGUGUCGUCACGACCGCGAGCCUUCUUUUAAUGAAACUUUCCGCUUCUGUAUGAACCCCGCCGGACACUCUCUACAGCUGUUCCUGGUCUCCAAUGGCGGCAAGUUUGUAAAAAAGACCCUGAUUGGGGAGGCCUACGUGUGGCUGGACAAAGUCGACCUACGCAAGCGAGUGGUGAGCUGGCACAAGCUGCUCGCCAGCACCGCCCAGAUCCACUCAUAGAAGGAGACUCAAUCUAAAAAAAAAAAACUCAAGUCAAGAGGGCACGAAGAGGUUUCUCUCAUCUGGGGACGCUAAGGUUCAACAUCUGGGACACUGAGAGGGGGAAUAUGUGUGUGAAUAUGUCUUUCUUCAAUCUUACUUUCAGGGCUUAGAGUUUUGGAAGAUGCUUUUCGUUAGUAAGGGCAGUUCUGGUGGUGAUUUCUGUCAGGAAGUCUGGAGGAAGUAGUAAUGCGUUUACAGGAAAUGAACAUAAGUUUACAGGACGUACAGUGUAUAGUAGUGUAGCCAGGUGCUGAGGGGAACGCAGGUGCUGAGUUCAGAGGUCAAGUGCGGAAUCAACCAGGUAUUACACACUUAAAAUUCACAACACACACACACAUGCACACACACAAUUAUUUAUGACAACUUUGCACACUCAUUCACACAGAAGAGAAAUUUUAAUUCUACAGGGAAUGGACACACUUGUGGAUUCAAAUUUAUUUAUUUAGAUGUUUUAUCCAUGAAAGAUUUUCCUCAUUGCUUUAUUAUGAGCGCAGAGUUUUAUUGAGUUACAAAGCAUUUUCGGAAUGAAAUAUUGAAGCCUCCGCUACGGAGACUUUGUAUUUAUUUUUGUAUUAUGAUAUUAGCGUAGAGUUCUAUUAUUUGUCUUCUCCUCAAUUAUUUAAAAAUCUAUCCUGGGAAGGAAGCAUAGUAUAUUUUACAACACACUACCUAGCAUUCCAAGAAAAAAAGAAAUCUCAGUAAGCAUGAAUUUAUUAACAAAAACAUCUCCUUGUUCACUUUGAACCCCAUAUUUUCUCUCCGUAAGUGUAGCCUCAGUUCUAUCAAAUGAUAAUUAUUGUUUGAUAAUGAUCAAUAUUGAUAUAUAUAUCAGAUUGGACACUAUAUAUUGUGCGCAUGAGUCUAUCUAUUUGGUAUGCAGUGCCACAUGUUCUGCACACACAAAAAAAAUCACCUCUGAGGUUCACUUUGUAUAUAGUGAAGUGUCAUAGCUGGAAAUUAAUUAUAAUAUAUAGAUAGAUAUAUCUUUAUCACAGACAAUCGAGUCUUGAUGAUUGUGACAUAGAGAUUUUAUUUACCCAUGAUGCCCCUUAGAAUGUGAGACAUAUGAGAUUUUAAGUAUUUCAUGUUUUUCUUUGUGAGAUCCAGGCACAUUACGAGUUACAAUUCUACCGGUCCUGCUCAACACAUACGCUUUUGUGGUAUUUUGCACUUUUUCUGCUUAGAAUGUAAAACUGACGUCAUCAUCCUGCUAAAAAUGAGACAGCCAGAGAUUUUUUUUUCUUUCUUUCCAAGGCGAGGAAGUAGAGAGGUAAAGUAAAGCGAUGACAAUAUCAGGAGAUAUUGCAGCGAACAAAAGAGAAACGUGCCGGAACCGUCCGUGAAGAAGCACUAUUACCAUUCUAAGAUACGACAAUGCUAUUGCAGUAGCAUGCUGAUGUUUUGUCCCAGAUUUUUGUCAUAUAUGUGUUGUCUUGAUAUUACCACUUCACAUCGUCAGUGUCUUAAAAGUCUAGUCCGUUCAUUAUGUCUUGGAAAAAGGUCAUUGUGUGUGCUUUUAGUGGGGUCAAGAGGCAGGACAAGUGGUUUAUUUAGCAUUUCAGCCCAACCUAGCAGUGAAAGUUAUAAUCUCGAAGAUGUAUGAUUAAGUCCACUUGGGCACAAUCACACAUUGCCAAUAUAAGGUUGGGAGAUAUUGGCCUCCCAUUCUCUGCAAACAAAGAGGCAAAUUUGCUUCUGCUGGCAAAGCAAAAUGCCAUCAACUUUAUUGACCUUUGACCUGCUAAGUCACAGCCUCAAUAAAGGGCAAAGAAGUGUGAAUAAACAGUUAAUAUGGCUAAAUAAACAAAGAAAAAAAGCGGCGACUACAUGACAACAGACAAUGAAAUUUACAAAAACAAGUAAAAAGCGGCUUAUCGUCGGCAAAGAAAACAAUCUUCGAGAUUCUAACUUCAAAUAUAACUUCUAAUACAAUGUCACUAAUAUUUGAGUGAUUUCUAUGCAACAUCUACUGUUUGAUGGUGGCAGCUGCAUCUUGACUUGCCAGAAAUGUGAGGAGGGGAAACAUUUAUAUUGACUUUUCUUUUGCACUGCCGUGUUUUCAUGUCCUCCAUGAAAAGAUUAUUGCUUUAAUAUGAUUUUUUAUUUUAUGUAACUUGUUAUUUUGUAUCGCUAUAGGAUUCUUUAUUUAUUGCCUGUGAGACUAUUUCAUAUGUUGUAUUAUAUUUGUUUACAGUACAUAUCAGGUGUACAUAAAAAAGGUGAGAACUUUUGUUUUUAUACACAAUGUAGUGCUUGUUUACAAAAUUUAGAGGGCCUGAAACUCAGAGAACCAUCUUACUUGUCCUUGUGCACGAACACACACUCACAUAUGGAAAUUAACAUGCACAGAUCCUGAAUAUCACAUAUUUAUAAAUCAAGAUGAUGAAAAAAUAGCAUUCCUAUUUAAAUCGAUUGAUUUUCCUCCUUUGAAUGUUUUAAUUUUCCAGUAUGUGUACGAGAAUUUACCCAAAAAAGGCAACAUUGUAAUCAAUGGAUGUUAUACCUGAAAUGAUCGUAGUUUUAAGGUCAGUGUGUUUUUUUGUUUUUCUUAUUUUUAUACCCAUGUGCUUGUGUGUAGCAUCUUCAUACCAAGUCCAUGCAUGUCAUUGGCUCUAAUGCAUAUCUCUUCUUUUAAGUGUUGUCUGUCUAAAAAUAUCGACUUUAAAAUCUCUCAUAACACACAAAGAAUAACACGCACACUCACAAACACACACAUACACAGAUGCUAUCUCUCUAUUUCCAACCUUGUAAAUACAUAGCUUUUUUAUACUGGGGUUUGUGGAGCAAUAGGUCUUUUAGCAGACAAAAAAAGGUAUGUGAUCUUUGAAGUUAAAGAAAGUUGUUUUUCUCUCGAUCAAUGUACAGUGGAUAGACUGAGAAACGACCUUAUGCCUGUCUAUAGAGACCCAGAUUAACCCGACCCUUUACACCAAACACUAAAGGUUUACCAGAGUCUAACUACACAGAAGUUUAUCUUAACAACUCAAGCAGUUGCAGGAGAAUUUAAAUGUGCUCACACUGGAUGUUGCAUGUUUUGUUGGUGGUUCAUACUAUUUUUGUGUCCAGAUAUUACUAAAGAAAAAAAAGAAUGAGGUAGAGAAAGAUAUAGAACAAAAAUGUUAUAGAGGGGAAAAUUAUGAAGAAAACUUAUUAAAACUAUUGAUGAUGUAUGCUGACUGUACAAAGAUUAUGCUUGUAAAACCUGUCUGGUUUUUCACUUGUAAGUAAACAGAAAAAAAAUCUACUGUCAUGGUUUUGUGAUUGUAUACAGGAGGUAUUGAUAAAUUAUGCAAAUUGUGCUGUAAAAAUGGCUGUUGCCCCAUGUCUAAAUAUUAAAUAUCAGUACAAAUGAAA